GACCAAAAUCUCCCUCUCAACCAUUCCGAUUGAUCACAUAUCAGCACCUCUCCAACUCUCCUCGUCUGCCCCUGCCACUGCCGCGCCUUCAAAUACGAAUACCAAUGAUGCUGCUCCCGCCGCCAGUACCAAUGCUCUUGCUUCCCCUGCCAAUACCACUGCAAAGGCUGCCCCAGCAGCAGCAACAGCAGCAACAGCAGCAGCAGCAGCAGCAGCAGCAGCAGCAGCAGCAGCAGCAGCAGCAGCAGCAGCAGCAGCAGCAGCAGCAGCAGCAGCAGCAGCAGCAGCUGGCAGUUCUGUCACAUUAA